CAGUCACAAUAUUUACAAAGUUCAUAGUGCAGCGCCAGCAAAUUUGUAUAAGUUAAGUUUUCUUUCUAAUUAUACGCAAAAAAUGGUUAAUUAUAGUUAGGAUACUUAUAAAAUUGUACAGUAAAGUUUGUAACAAGUUCGUACAAGCCAAAAUGGAUGAAGAAUACGACAUCUACGGUGAUCUGGAAACGUUUGAAGCAGAAGCGGAAAAGGAAAAUAAAGUUGUACAAGAUUUGAAUGCCCAAAUUGAGGCCUUAAAAACUCAAAUCGAAGAAAAGGAAACCGAAAAGCAGGUCAUAGCCGGGAAGAACGAAAUUCUUCUCGAAAACAUAUCUUCCUUACUACUGACCGCAAAGGCAGAGUUGAAGCGAAAGGAUGCUCUCAUCGCAGACAUACGCCGCGAAAAGGAUAAUGCCUUGUUCCGGCGAGGUGGUGGCUCGAAACCGCCGCGAAUGUAUGAUAAAUAUACUCAAACAGGACAACGUAUGAUUAGUUCGUCCGUUCAGACGGAGGAGGUUAAGCCAAAACCACGAAAAGAGGAUCCGAUCCGGGCACGGUCAGUCGUGAGAGGUGUCGUUAGAGCAAGGUCAAUAAGUAGAAGUAAAUCUAGAGUGUUCGUCAAACCUGCAGAUCGUACUAGGGAGAACGGCUGGAGGACACUUCGUGAAAGAUCCCAGAUAAGAGACAGACUCCGUUCUCCAAGUCGAGUUGGUUCCAGUCGCUUCGACAAGAGUCGAGCAAUUCCGGAUAGGAAGCGGGAAAGAGAACGAGAGCUAGAACGAAAGGCACGUCGAGAAAGAAGGUCGCCCAGUUUCGAUGGAAAGAGACGGCCAUAUUUCAAAAGUCCUAUCAGGGUUGCGGCCGAGGAAGAUAGUGUUCCUGAUUCCGCUUCUGAUAUUGAGAAAAAUAAGCCACUUAUACCUAUGAACACAUCAGAGCUGGAUCGAUUUGUCAAAGAAAUAGGUCGACCUAAAUCUCGUUCGCCGAAACGGGAUACUUGCAUGAGCAAAAGGAAUUAUCGCGACCACUUGCCUCUCACUGAUUCCGCCCCAUGGAAUAGUACUAAACAGAAACGUGAUAAAGAAAAUAAAAAACAAACGAAGGAAGUUUCCAAAUCAAUUCAGAUUUCAAAAAUCAAACAGGAGACCGAGGUUAUUCAAUCUGACGAGAUAGGUACAACUGCAUCCGGGAGCGGUGUUUCUCCUAAUAAGCACGACGACUCGGUGGAGCAAAAAUUGCUUCUGCUCCAUGGCACCGAGAAUAAUGGAACACCUAAAGCCUUAAAUCAAACGAUGCAAACUCCCUCGGAGCUACUGGCACAUCUGAACAACAGUGCUGCUAGUUCAGGUAAACCUGCAUCAACGUUUGAGUCACCGCUUCCUCCUCCGAUUGUGGCCCAGCAGUUUCCUGCGCAACCUUUAGAACGGCCACCCAUUAAGCAGGAAGUUCCGAUCGAAACACUGGUUACAUUGGACGACGAAAACGCUCUGCUGAAUGAUAGCCGAGAGUUGAAAAUCGUCGAAUGUGAGGAUCUACCUGGCAAAGACGAAAAGGGCCAAGAAAAGAUUACAUCACAGGAGGUUAACGGGCAAGAAGAACUGGAAGAUGGAGAGGUGCUGUCACCAAAAUCCUUGGCACAUGAAAUCGAUCUGGAGGAUGUAAGCUUACCGGAUUUCGAAGCAGUUAGAUCUCAGAGAAGUGACCGUUCGACAAACCACAAUCGUGUAUUGAAAUCAGAAGUUGUUUCCAAAACCAUCGAUCAUUCCAGCCGAACGCGAAGAAGUUCUUUGAGAGACAAUAAGCAAGCUUUCUCCCCAUCAAAAUCGAAACAAAAAUCUCGCACCGUCUCGGAGAAGUCCGACACAUAUUCGAGCGCAAGGGGUUCGUCUACUCGCAGUCAUCGAAAUCGCAAGAAAAGCGACACCUUUAAGGACCUGUUCGGUAGCGAUGAUGCCAAUUCAGUGGAGAAUUUAGAAGCGAUUAAAGUAAAGCUGUUGGAGGAUGAAAAACGUCGCAUUGAACGUGAAUUGGGACAGCUUGAGGUAAAGCUGGAUAUCAAAAAGAAAGACUCUCACAAAUCGGAUUCAAAGGUAACUGCAGAAGAGGAAUCGGAAUACGGAACUAAAGAAUGGAAAUCAAAAGAAGUAGAUAACAAAAAAUCAGCAAAACAUACAAAGUUAGAAAAGAAAUCUCCGAAAUCGAAACAUGAGUCAAGUAAAAAAGUUGAAGAUAAACCUAAACAUAGGUUCCGCUCGAAAGAAUUUUCACAGACAGAAGGUAAAAAAAUCAAAACGGAAAAAUCGGAUGACAAACCAAACCCGCAAUCAACGAAAAAUAAAGUUGGUAAUGUGGACAAGCCAGCAAGUAUUUCAACGAAAAAUGAAAUUAUGAAACCAGUAAAAUGUGAACCACAUGAUGUGGUAAAACAUUCAAUUGCAGAGAAAACCGAAGAUGUAAAACAAGAAAAAGAUGAGGUGGUUUUAAGAAUUGUUAAACUAUCCAGUCCGUUAACUUCAGCACAGAGAAAAGUUGAAAUAGAGCAGAAAAGUGGUUCGCAAUCAAAUGAUGGUUCGAGUUGUGAAGGUAUCAUGGUUGGAGAUACUAAGAAAAAUGAAACGAUCGCAACAUUCGAAAUGAUCGUUAGAGCCGAUGUAGUGGAGGAACAGAUGUUGACAACAACAGAACCUGAAGUGGAAACGGUUCCAAUAGAACAAAAAGUUUCUCAUCCAGAUUUUCUAGAUGGGCAAGCUACACAACCGAUAUGUACUGAAAAAGUUGUUCCUUUGUUUGAUGCAAGCAUACAAGAAUCCAAAAUUGGUGUUGAAGAAGAAUCGUUACCAGAGAAACACAUUUCUGGAAACAUUGAGCGGAGCAAUGAUACUGGAGAUAAUCAGAACCUUCGCAUGGUCAUCGAGGAACAACAAAUUGAAAACGUUGCAGUUGAAAAUCCACAAGUUCUAGAAUCAAAAGAGGAAGAUUCACCGGAGGUGAUCGUAAGCGAAAAUUUCGAGAAGUCUGAAACGGAAACAACGAACACAGUUGAUCCACUACUGAAAUCCGAACUGGCUAAUAGUUCCCUAAUUUUGGAUCUAACUACCGAUACGGUAGAUGACCAACCCAUAACCGAGCAGUUCAGCGCCAAGCGAAAACGUGAUACGGAUCAAAAGCUAUCCGAUAACAGCAAAAAGCAAAAGACUGAACCUCUCCACAAGGAACCAGAAGAAAUCGAUCAGCUCGAAGCAGAGCUGGAAACAAUUUCCGGCGGAAAUGUUAGUUCAGUUGCUGAGACCAAUGUUUUGCCAAAUAAUGAAGAAACUGUGAUGAAACCACCAGAACCCGUUAUCCAUUAUAUAUCGCCUGUCAAGCAGAUGGCUUCCCCACAGCAACCGUACACAGAGUCUCCCUCCAAAGGCGUGUGCUCGACGAAAUUUAGCGAAUAUAGGAUCGAGGUAGUUAACGAGACCGAAGCCACGGUUUAUCUAACUCGGAAGAAAAAGAAAAAGAGCAAAUCCAAAGAUGUGAGUCUCAAUACCAGUGGCGGCAAUUGAAAUAUUCUUGUAUUUUUACCAAGCUGUAUUGAAACUGUUUGUGUUUGUUCAUUUUGAUUUAAUAAAAAUAAAUCUUUAAAAAACGAUUGGAUAA